AUGGAAGGAAUCGACUGCGCAUAUGCGAUGUUGAGCGACCCAGCCUUACUAUCGCUCUGUCAUGGAAGUAUUGCUUACGUAUCAUGCAGUCCCAACGUAAAAUGCGUUUUACAGAGGAAGCGGGUUCCCUGGAUAGAAUGGCCUGGAGGUACCUUCUUCCCAGAAUGGAGGCUUCCGCCACCGGGAGCAUGGCCUCCAAAGCCAGAACACGAUGCGCCUCAAGAAGACCCUCCGCCGCAAGAAUACCCACGUGAUUGCGAGUCACGAUGGAAAACACCUACCCACUUACACCAACCGAAGAGGAAACUUCGUGAGCAGGAAUAUGAAGUAUCUGAAUCAGAGGGACCGCCUUGUGUAACGCGUGAGGUGCAACUAGUGGGUCCUCAUCCAAGGUUGAGAAGAGCUGAGAAGAGUGUAGUUCUCGAGGUAGACAUCCUCAAGCAGUGUAGGCAAACUAACCUAACACCCUUAUCCACUCAAUGGCCCGAGCCACCGUGGCCUUGGCUGAAACAGCGUCCACGGAAACGAAAACUAGACGCGGAGGAGGUGUCAGAGGGCGAACGUAGAGUCAGCUGGAGAAAGCACUGGAACAAUUUUUCGUGGAGCACCACAUCAUCUCUCUAG